CCGGAGGCGGGGCGUGGCUUGGGCGCCGCGAGAGCCCCACGCGGGCGCGCGGCCCGCCCGGCCUGCGCCGGGGCGCGCGGGGCCGAGCGGCGGGGGGCGCGCUCUCGCAGCCGCGGCCGCGCCCUCUCACACAUUUCCGAGCUCCGUCACUCGCGCGGUCUCCACGGACCGAGCGUGUCGGGGCCUGAGGGCGCUGCGGCUGCGGCCCUGAGGCCCUUGAGCUACAAGGACUCUGAGGAAGUCUUGAUAAAGAAAUGUUUAAUGAGAAAAUGUUGGUUACAAUAUUACCUUUGGUGAUAGAGAAGCAAAUACAAACAAGACAGUCUUUUUCAUUAAGGAGCUUAUAGACAAGUUCAAGAUUAAGACAUGUAGAGCGAGCCAACAAGAUUGGAACAGAUUGUCCCUGUUUUGGAGAGGAAUCAUCAGUGACGUCCAUUAGGCUAGUCCAGAAAACAUGGCCACUGCAAUUAGGGAGGUAGGGGUUUGGAGACAGACCAGAACACUUCUAUUGAAGAAUUACCUAAUUAAAUGUAGGACUAAAAAAAGUAGUGUUCAGGAAAUUCUUUUUCCAUUAUUUUUUUUAUUUUGGUUAAUAUUAAUAAGCAUGAUGCAUCCAAAUAAGAAAUAUGAAGAAGUGCCUGAUAUAGAACUUAAUCCUAUGGACAAAUCUAUCCUUUCUAAUCUAAUUCUUGGAUAUACUCCAGUGACUAAUAUCACAAGCAGCAUCAUGCAGAGAGUGUCUGCUGACCACCUUCCUGAUGUCAUAAUUACAGAAGAAUAUGCAAAUGAAAAAGAAAUGCUAGCAUCCAGUCUUUCUAAGCCCAGCAACUUUGUAGGUGUGGUUUUCAAAGAUUUCAUGUCCUAUGAACUUCGUUUUUUUCCUGAUAUGAUUCCAGUAUCUUCUAUUUAUAUGGAUUCAAGAGCUGGCUGUUCAAAAUCGUGUGAGGCUGCUCAGUACUGGUCCUCUGGGUUCACAGUUUUACAGGCAUCCAUAGAUGCUGCCAUUAUACAGUUGAAGACCAAUGUUUCUCUUUGGAAGGAGCUGGAGUCAACUAAAGCUGUUAUCAUGGGAGAAACUGCUAUUAUAGAAAUAGUUACCUUUUCUCGAGGCAUAAUUUUAAUAUACCUAGUUAUAGCAUUUUCACCUUUUGGAUACUUUUUGGCAAUUCAUAUCGUAGCAGAAAAAGAAAAAAAGUUAAAGGAAUUUUUAAAGAUAAUGGGACUUCAUGAUGCUGCCUUUUGGCUUUCCUGGGUUCUUCUGUAUACAAGUUUGAUUUUUCUUAUGUCCCUUCUUAUGGCAGUCAUUGCAACAGCCUCUUCGUUGUUCCCUCAAAGUAGCAGCAUUGUGAUAUUUCUCCUUUUUUUCCUAUAUGGAUUAUCAUCUAUAUUUUUUGCUUUGAUGCUGACACCUCUUUUUAAAAAAUCAAAACAUGUGGGAAUAGUUGAAUUUUUUAUCACUGUGGCUUUCGGAUUUGUUGGUCUUUUGAUAGUCCUCAUGGAAAGUUUUCCAAAAUCAUUAGUGUGGCUUUUAAGUCCUUUCUGUCAGUGUACUUUUUUGAUUGGUAUUGCACAGGUCAUGCAUUUAGAAGAUUUUCAUGAAGGUGCUUUAUUUUCUAAUUUGACCGAAGGCCCUUAUCCUCUAAUUAUUACUCUUAUCAUGCUAGCACUUAAUAGUACAUUUUAUGUCCUCCUGGCUGUCUAUCUUGAUCAAGUCAUUCCAGGAGAAUUUGGCUUACGGAGAUCAUCUUUGUAUUUUCUAAAACCAUCGUAUUGGUCAAAGAGCAAAAGAAAUUAUAAGGAAUUGUCAGAGGGCAACAUUAAUGGGAAUAUUAGUUUUAGUGAAAUUGUUGAGCCUGUUUCUUCAGAAUUUAUAGGCAAAGAAGCCAUAAGAAUAAGUGGUAUUCAGAAGACAUACAGAAAGAAAAGUGAAAACGUGGAGGCUUUGAGAAAUUUGUCAUUUGACAUCUAUGAGGGUCAGAUUACUGCACUUCUUGGCCAUAGUGGAACAGGAAAGAGUACCUUGAUGAAUAUUCUCUGUGGAUUAUGUCCCCCUUCUGAUGGAUUUGCAUCUAUUUAUGGACACAGAGUCUCAGAAAUAGAUGAAAUGUUUGAAGCAAGAAAAAUGAUUGGCAUUUGUCCACAGUUAGACAUACACUUUGAUGUUUUGACAGUUGAAGAAAAUUUAUCUAUUUUGGCUUCAAUCAAAGGAAUACCAGCCAACAAUAUAAUACAAGAAGUGCAAAAGGUUUUACUAGAUUUAGACAUGCAGCCUAUCAAAGAUAACCAAGCUAAAAAAUUAAGUGGUGGCCAAAAAAGAAAACUGUCUUUAGGAAUUGCUGUUCUUGGGAAUCCAAAGAUACUACUGCUGGAUGAACCAACAGCUGGAAUGGACCCUUGUUCCCGUCAUAUUGUUUGGAAUCUUUUAAAAUACAGAAAAGCCAAUCGGGUGACAGUGUUUAGUACUCACUUCAUGGAUGAAGCUGACAUUCUUGCUGAUAGGAAAGCUGUCAUAUCACAGGGAAUGUUGAAAUGUGUUGGUUCUUCAAUUUUCCUUAAAAGUAAAUGGGGGAUCGGCUAUCGCCUGAGCAUGUACAUAGACAGAUAUUGUGCCACGGAGUCUCUUACUUCAUUGGUUAGACAGCAUAUACCUGGGGCUACUUUACUACAACAGAAUGACCAACAGCUUGUGUAUAGCUUGCCUUUCAAAGACAUGGACAAAUUUUCAGGUUUGUUUUCUGCCCUAGACAUUCAUUCAAAUUUGGGUGUUAUUUCUUAUGGUGUAUCCAUGACGACUUUGGAAGAUGUAUUCUUAAAGCUAGAAGUUGAAGCAGAAAUUGACCAAGCAGAUUAUAGUGUAUUUACACAGCAACCACCAGAAGAAGAAAUGGAUUCAAAAUCUUUUGAUGAAAUGGAACAGAGUUUGCUUAUUCUUUCUGAAACCAAAGCUUCCUUAGUGAGCACCAUGAGCCUUUGGAAACAGCAAGUGUCUACAAUAGCAAAGUUUCAUUUCCUUACCUUGAAACGUGAGAGUAAAUCACUGAGAUCAGUGUUGCUUCUGCUCUUAAUUUUUUUUGCAGUUCAGCUUUUUAUGUUUUUUGUACAUCACUCUUUUAAAAAUGCUGUGGUUCCCAUCAAACUUGUUCCUGACUUAUAUUUCCUUAAACCUGGAGAUAAACCUCAUAAAUACAAAACAAGUCUUCUUCUUCAGAAUUCCACUGACUCAGAGAUCAGUGAUCUUACUGACUUUUUCACCUACCAGAACAUAAAGGUGACUAUGUUUAAUGACAGUGACUAUGUGUCUGCUGCUCCUCACAGUGCAGCUUUAAAUGUGGGGUAUUCAGAAAAGGACUAUGUUUUUACAGCUGUUUUCAACAGUACUAUGGUUUAUUCUCUACCUGUAUUGAUGAAUAUCAUUAGCAACUACUAUCUUUAUCAUUUAAAUGUGACUGAAACCAUCCAGAUCUGGAGCACCCCAUUCUUUCAAGAAAUUACUGACAUAGUUUUUAAAAUUGAGCUAUAUUUCCAAGCAGCUUUGCUUGGAAUCAUUGUUACUGCAAUGCCACCUUAUUUUGCCAUGGAAAAUUCAGAGAAUCAUAAGAUCAAAGCUUAUACUCAACUUAAACUUUCAGGUCUUUUGCCAUCUGCAUAUUGGAUCGGACAAGCUGUUGUUGAUAUUCCCUUAUUUUUUGUUGUUCUUUUUUUGAUGCUAGGAAGCUUAUUUGCAUUUCAUUAUGAAUUAUAUUUUUAUGCUGUAAAGUUCCUUGCUGUGGUUUUUUGCCUCAUUGGUUAUGUUCCAUCAGUUAUUCUGUUUACCUAUGUUGCUUCUUUCACCUAUAAGAAAAUUAUAAAUACCAAAGAAUUUUGGUCAUUUAUCUAUUCAGUGACAGCAUUAGCUUGUAUUGCAGUCACUGAGAUAACUUUCUUUAUGGGAUACACAGUUACAGCUAUUUUUCAUUAUGCCUUUUGCAUAGCCGUUCCAAUCUAUCCGCUUCUAGGUUGCCUGAUAUCUUUCAUAAAGGUUUCUUGGAAGAAUUUACAAAAAAAUGAGAAUACUUACAAUCCAUGGGACAGACUAUUAGUAGCUGUUAUAAUGCCUUACCUGCAGUGUGUACUAUGGAUUUUCCUCUUACAGUACUAUGAGAAAAAGCAUGGAGGCAGAUCAGUAAGAAAGGAUCCCUUUUUCAGGAACCUUUCAAAAAAGUCUAAACAUAGGAAGUUUCCAGAACCACCAAGCAAUGAGGAUGAAGAUGAAGAUGUCAAAGCUGAGAGGCUAAAGGUCAAAGAGCUGAUGAGUUGCCAGUGUUGCGAGGAGAAACCAGCCAUUAUGGUCAGCAAUUUACAUAAAGAAUAUGAUGACAAGAAAGAUUUUCUUCAUUCAAGAAGAGUAAAGAAAGUGGCAGCUAAAUACAUUUCUUUCUCUGUGAAAAAAGGAGAGAUCUUGGGACUGUUGGGUCCAAACGGUGCAGGAAAAAGCACAAUUAUUAAUAUUCUGGUUGGUGAUAUUGAACCAACUUCAGGCCAGGUAUUUCUAGGAGAUUAUACUUCAGACGCAACUGAAGAUGAUGACUCCAUUAAGUGUAUGGGCUACUGUCCUCAGAUAAACCCCCUGUGGCCAGAUAUUACAUUACAAGAACAUUUUGAAAUUUAUGGAGCUGUGAAAGGAAUGAGUGCAAGUGACAUGAAAGAAAUAAUAAGUCGAAUAACAAAUGCCCUUGAUUUAAAAGAACAUCUUCAGAAAACUAUAAAGAAACUACCUGCUGGAAUUAAGCGAAAGUUAUGUUUUGCUCUGAGUAUGCUGGGGAACCCUCUGAUUACUCUGCUAGAUGAACCAUCCACAGGUAUGGAUCCUAAAGCCAAACAGCACAUGUGGCGAGCAAUCCGAACUGCAUUUAAAAACAAAAAGCGGGCUGCAAUUCUGACCACUCAUUAUAUGGAGGAGGCAGAAGCUGUCUGUGACCGAGUGGCUAUUAUGGUGUCUGGGCAGUUAAGAUGUAUUGGGACAGUACAACAUUUAAAGAGUAAAUUUGGAAAAGGCUACUUUUUGGAAAUUAAGUUAAAGGACUGGAUAGAAAAUCUAGAAAUAGACCGCCUUCACAGAGAAAUUCAGUAUAUUUUCCCAAAUGCAAUCCGUCAGGAAAGUUUUUCUUCUAUUCUGGCUUAUAAAAUUCCCAAGGAAGAUGUUCAGUCUCUUUCACAGUCUUUUUCUAAGCUGGAAGAAGCUAAACAUACUUUUGCCAUUGAGGAAUACAGCUUUUCUCAAGCAACAUUGGAACAGGUUUUUGUAGAACUCACCAAAGAGCAAGAGGAAGAAGAUAAUAGCUGUGGAACUUUAAACAGCACACUUUGGUGGGAAAGAACACAGGAAGACAGAGUAGUAUUUUGAAUUUGUAUUGCUCAGUCUGUUUGCUUAUUUCUUCUUCACUUCAUUUUAACUCUGGUUUAGAAAGUUUAUUAUUUGAAUGGCAACUAGAGAAAUGUGAAAGCAUUGGGGUUUUCCUAAGCUCCUCCGUUGAACUGCUGUGUUGGUUGUUUUGCUUUACCUUAAAUAAAAUUCAUGUGUAAUUAAGUCA